UCCAAAAAUUUCUUUUUCUUUCCACUUCAGCAAUCCAUCGCUCAAAAACAGCGAGCUCUUCAGUGCUCUUCGUUGCAAAGCCUUCAGCCAGCAUGGAGAAGUCCUCAAAUGUCCAACCGAAUCACUCACCGAGAUCCAGAACGGUGCCCAGGAAGGAGAGGGAAAGGGGAGCCUUGGUGCCUCCAAGAGGUCAACGUCAAAGGGUACCCAAGGCCCAACGGAUCCCUGAAGCACCACCAGGGAGGAAAGAAAGGCUGCAGAAGGAGAAGCCGGAGGCCACUGAGGUGAUGGUGGAGCAGGAGACAGAAGUGAAGCUAAAAUCUACUGUGGUGGACAUAGACAGCGUGAGAGAUGAUGAGGUCAAGGAGGAGAAUCUGGGGCUCCUGGAGGCAGCAGAGCAGGAGGACGGUCUAAAGCGCAAGAACCUGGGGGUGUUUGAGUGGCUACUGAUGGUCAUUGUCUUGGCUCUGGUUCUCCUCUUCCUCCCUUUGUCCAUCUGGUUUUGUGUCAAAGUAGUGAGGGAACAUGAGAGAGCUGUCAUCUUCAGAAUGGGCCACCUGCUGCGUGGAAAACCCAGAGGACCUGGCCUCAUUUUCUACCUCCCGCUCCUUGAUGUGUGUCAUAAAGUCGACAUAAGACUGAAAAUGUUGAAGGUUCCACCACACAUGGUGGUGACAAAGGACCUGGUGAGGCCAGAGCUGAGUGCAGUGUGUUAUUACCAAAUAGAGAACGUGGCUCUGUGCAGUGCAGCUCUGUCCAGUCUGAGCACAGUUCUGCAGAACGUGGUCCAGGCAGCAGUCAGAGACGUUCUAGCCCAGCACACAUUCAGCCACAUCCUGCUGCACCGGCGGAGGAUCGGGGAGCAGAUACAGGCAACCGUUGACUCUGUUGCUUGUCGCUGGGGCAUCAGGGUGGAGAGAGCAGACAUAGAUGAGCUCAGUUUUCCUGUGGAGUUACAGCAGAGUCUGGCUGCUGAGGCCGAGGCCAAGAGACAGCAGCAGGUCAGAGUAAAAGCAGCAGAAAGUGAAAGAGCUGUCUGGGAUGGGUUUCGGGCCUCCUUCCGUCUCCUCCACCCAGCCUUGGUCCUUCCUCUCCCUCCAGAUCUCCUCAACACAAACUCCGACCUUUCAUCCCUCCCACCACCUCCUCCGCCUGCUAUGGAAGGAGAAGGAGGGCCGACAGUGGAGGAGACAGAGACAGACUCACCAAUGAUGUGAUCAGGUUGUUAACAGAUAAAAUGUAAAUUAUCAUUGUUAUUUAAAAUAUGCAAGGUGAAUGUGGGCUAGUCAUUCUCAUCUUCUUGUAGUUUUCACAUGUUUUAAUCCUAUGUUAAAGACAGAACUGAAGCUGAAUAAUUGUGUAUAUUCAAGCACAAUCUGCAUGUUUUAUAACAAUGAACUCUGACGUUUAAGAACCUGAGCCUGUGUGUAAACAGGUCAAAUAA